AUUAUUAUUAAAAUAAAAGAGUAAUUAAAUGAAGUAUUCCGCUCUUCGAGUCUUCUAAAAACAUUAGACGAAAAUUAAAUAAAAAUUACAAAAAUACCAUUUUUAUUUCCUCUUCUUCUUCUCUCUCUCUGCAACUCUUCUUGGUAUAAAAUUUGUUUGAACGCCAUUUUUGAAAAAGAUAGUCAUCAUUGGAGCUAAAAGAAGGUGGUAAAGAGCGUUAAUUAGAUUUAUUGUUUUCGUUUGAAAAAAAAGGGUUCUUUUUCUCUUUCGUAACAUUAAAAUCUCACUUCUCUUUUUCUAUCAUUAAUAAUAGCUAGCUUUUUUUACAUUAUUUUCACUCUAUUCCUUUUUGGGCAUUAUAGUUUUCUCAGUUUCAGAUCUGGGAUUGUUUCCAUUUUCGUGUUUUGAGAGGUUUGAACAGUGAAGGAAGUGUCUUUUGUUAUUUUGAGAGAGAGAGAAGGAGAGAAAAAAAAUGGGGAAGGUGAUGAGUGAGAAAGAUGAAGAGCUGGCGUUAUUCUUCGAGAUGAGAAGAUUGGAGAAAGAGAACGAAGCAAAUAAUGGUCUUCUUCUUCAGCUUCCAAACGAUAAUAGUAACUCUGAUGAGCUCGAUGAUCUUCUUCUUGAAUCGAAUAACAGUCCGAAAUCGCCAAUUUCAAAGAGUGUCUCGUCUAUGCCACCGCAGCGAAAGAGCCGAGUUGAGGAAUUUUUAAACUCAGAAAAUGAUAAAUCCGAUUACGAUUGGCUUCUUACACCACCUGGUACCCCACUUUUGCCUUCUUUGGAUUUGGGAUCACAAAGAAGUGCAACAAGUCAGGUUGAGAAUCCUUCGUCUCGUCCCACUGCCUUGCGGUCGAGGCCAGCAAAUAUUCAAGUGGAGCCUGCUUCAAGGAGAAAUAUAUCAUCUAAAAAUCCAAACUUGCCAUCUGAAAAAAAUUCUUCCUCUAUUGGAAACAGAAGGCCAUCUUCAUCUGAGGGACCGAAAACAGUGACUCGGAGAUCUGCAACUCCAACUGCACGGCCUACAUUACCAUUAACAACCAAACCGUCGAGAUCAUCUACACCAAGUUCACGGGCCUCAUUUCCUUCAUCUAAAAAUGUGGCUCCUCAAGCUAGGUCUUCAACUCCAACUAUGUCCUCUGCUCGGUCUUCAACUCCAACUAGGCCCUUCUCUCGGGCUUCAACUCCAUCUAGGUCCACUGCUCGGGCUUCAACACCAACUGCCAGACCUGCAUUGCCAGCUUCCAAGUCGACAGCACGGUCAGCAACACCAACACGUCAGCCAUCAACCUCACUAAAUGCACCUGGUGUAUCUGCUCCAACAGGUCGAGCUUCUUCAGCAUCCAAGUUACGUCCCACAAGCUCAAAAAGUUCAGCGACUUCACGUGGCCCUUCACCUACAGUAAAAUCAAGGCCUUGGAAACCCUCUGAGAUUCCUGGUUCCUCUGUUAAUGCUCCCCAUAAUUUAAAGACAACAUUGCCAGAAAGACCAGCCUCUGCUUCUAGGGUACGGCCGGUAGUACCUGUUGUUAAAUCGAUUUCUACUGUGUCGGGUGCUAAUGGUAGACAGCAAUCGUGUUCUCCAUCUAGGGGACGGUCUUCACAUAGUACUGUCGCUACUAGUAAUAAGAACUUCAAUAAACAUAUGAGCAAAUCUAGCUGUGGUGACAAUGAUGAAGUUAGUCCUGUUGUUAUUGGAACACAAAUGGUUGAAAGAGUUGUAAACAUGAGGAAACUGGCACCGCCAAAGCGAGAUAACGAUCAUUCUUCCCAUAGUUAUUCUUCUGGGAAGUCUCAGUCUGCUGACAGCUUAGGCUUUGGAAGAUCACUUUCAAAGAAAUCCCUGGAUAUGGCUCUAAGACACAUGGAUAUAAGGCGAAGCAUGCAAGGUGGUAGUCUACGACCACUCGUGACGGCUAUUCCAGCUUCAUCCAUGUACAGUAUCCGAUCAGGACCAACAAAAAGCAGGACAAUAAGCAAUUCAGAAUCUCCUCAUGCUACAAGCAGCAACGCGAGCUCUGAACCAAGUGUGAACAAUGCUUGUUCCGGUUGUUUAGAUGGGAGCGACGACAUUGAAGGCAACGAUGUUGGAAGUGAUCAAGGAAACUCUUAUUCGGCAAGCCGCCAUUGGUAGGUAACAUAACAACAUAUGGGACUAUUAUUAUUAGCCUCUUACGAGGUCUUAUAAUGCUUAUUAUAUCACUACUGCUAAGUCAAGUUAAUUUAGUUUAUGAUUUUUCAGAAAGCUUUGCUGUUUCAUUGUUAUAAAAAUAUAUAAUUUAAAGCAUCUUUCUGUUGGUAGUGAGACAAGAGUGACUUGUUUGAUGAUGAUGAUGAACUUUUUUAUUUAUGGGGUUCAUCGUUAAACUGCUCUUUAGUCAAGCUUUUGACCUGUAAUGCUGUUCAUUAUCAAGCUGAAGAGCUCCUUCAGUUUUUGAUUUUCUGGGAUCUGGAAUAUAUGUUUAGAUCAAUAUUUGAAGCACAUAUUUAAGUUAAGAUGUUCAAAUUCAAA